AGUCAGAUGGCAGUGGAGGAGAGACCAGAGUGCAUCGGAAUGGGCGCCCUGCCCCUCCAAAACACAUCUGCUUACUGAGAUUUAGCCACAGGACACCAGGGCGGAAAAGAGAGCAGCUGAAGAGUGGAAGGAUGUUUUCUCUGUUCUGGAGGAUCCUGCUGGAGCUCUUACUGGUUUGGUGGAUGUUUGAAGGGGUCAUCAGGUGUGUGUUUAGUAAGGAGCUGAAAUCGCCCAGCAGCAGGGUGAAGCCUAUGUCACCAUCUGAUUUUCUGGAUAAAUUAAUGGGAAAAACAUCUGGAUAUGAUGCUCGGAUCAGGCCUAACUUUAAAGGUCCUCCGGUAAAUGUUACUUGCAACAUUUUUAUCAACAGCUUUGGUUCCAUCACAGAGACCACCAUGGAUUAUCGGCUGAAUGUUUUUCUACGGCAGCAAUGGAAUGACCCACGGCUGGCUUAUAAAGAGUAUCCAGAUGAUUCCCUGGAUCUGGACCCAUCCAUGCUGGACUCCAUCUGGAAACCAGACUUGUUCUUCGCCAAUGAGAAAGGCGCCAACUUUCACGAGGUCACCACGGACAACAAACUGCUGAGGAUUUUCCAGAAUGGAAAUGUGCUGUAUAGCAUCAGACUCACUCUGAUUCUGUCGUGUCCUAUGGAUCUGAAGAAUUUUCCAAUGGACACACAGACAUGCACUAUGCAGUUAGAAAGCUUUGGCUACACUAUGAAUGAUCUAAUAUUUCAGUGGUUGGAUGAAGGCCCAGUGCAAGUGGCUGAUGACCUUGUGCUGCCCCAGUUUGUCCUGAAAGAGGAGAAAGAUCUGGGAUACUGUACAAAACACUACAACACUGGUAAAUUCACCUGUAUAGAGGUGAAAUUUCAUCUAGAGAGGCAGAUGGGUUACUACCUGAUCCAGAUGUACAUUCCCAGCCUCUUGACAGUUAUCUUGUCAUGGGUCUCCUUCUGGAUCAACAUGGAUGCCGCCCCGGCCCGUGUUGGCCUGGGCAUCACUACAGUUCUCACAAUGACGACACAGAGCUCUGGAUCCAGAGCAUCACUGCCUAAGGUGUCAUAUGUGAAGGCCAUUGACAUCUGGAUGGCAGUGUGCUUGCUGUUCGUCUUUGCUGCUUUGCUGGAGUACGCAGCAGUUAACUUUGUCUCUCGGCAACACAAAGAAUUCUUCAAACUGAGGAGAAAACUGCGGGAAGAGCAACGCUAUAGAGCUGCAUCUGGUCAGGCUGGAGGAGCAGAGAUGAAGAACAAAAGCAACAACGUCACAGGGAGUACGCCAAGCAGAGUCACACAACGCCACUGCAGUGCCUGUGCACGGGAAGAGCAGUUAGCCUCCCAGAAUCAGGACUUGUACUUCACGGAGUACGGGACGGAUAGCUGUCUGUCUGGGGGGCCUCUCUCUGAGGCUGCUGCCAUGUUUGCAGGCCUGCCGCCCGGCCACGUACUGUUUGAUAUCCGCCGCCGCUUCGUGGAACGAGCAAAGCGGAUCGACACCAUCUCACGAGCCGUCUUCCCCCUCAGCUUUCUCGUUUUCAAUGUGUUCUAUUGGAUCACGUACAAAGUGCUUAGAAAUGAGGACAUUCACCUUGCCCUGCAACCCUGACUCCUUUUAAUACUUCGGAACUUCCCAGGAUCCCAUUUUGUGAGCCCAUUUAAAUCCAGCGUGAGAUCCUGUGUCAAGGACGUUUAAAAUCAAAUCAGUUGAAGAAAGGUGCAACACGUUCUCUCUGCACGAGUGAACAUAUAUGCAUGUCUAUGACCACUUUUGAAAAAAUCUAAACCUUCAGUUUAUACGCAAUGGGUGUAUCACUCCAGUCCUUUGAGAUGCAAGUUAUUUUUUUUCCUCACUGAGCACACUUGUUUGUCUAUUAUUAAUAAAUACUCUAAAUAAAGGGUUUUUGUUUGGCAGGUUUUUUCCCCCUACUCAUGGAUAUAUAGUUAUCCAUAUAAGCACGGAAAUCUCAAAAGUUUAUUUCAUUUACAUGCAUCAAAUUGGCUUUCAAAACUUGCAACGUAAUUAUGAAUUUAGCUUUAAUGAGUCUAAAAAUGCACUUUUCAGGAUGAUCUAAUAUUAUGCAUGUACUUUCAAGUGCAAAAACACCAGGGGAUGCCUUUUUUUUUUUUUAGACAUAACUUCCUCUCCUACAGCUGCCAAGUUAAGGGUUUCUCACAUUCAUUUUUUAAUGUGUGGUGUGUCUCCUCCUUGUUCUGUCCCUGACUACACACAAAACUGCGUAAGAGUCUAAGUAAAGAUUUAUCUUCCGCUGCGGGAUGUAUAAUUUGCUUUACCCCAACAGCUGCACGAGACACAUAAGACAUCUGCUGUUAAA